CGAUAAAUCAGUACUGUUAAUAUUUGUCUGCAAAAACAUCUGUGGUCAUUGUCUGUUAACUUGUUAAGCCUAUUUUUUUUAUUAAAUUCUAUACCAUGUCUAACUUUUCACCUGUGACACCACCUCCUCCCCCACCGCCCAUGAUAGCCACUCCUGGCACACCUGCUACAACAAAAGAACGUCCAGUUGCGAACAAUAUAACCACCGAUAAGUGCAUUUGGGCAUGCGAGUAUCCUGAAUUGCAGAAAGGAUGCUAUAUGUGUCGCGUCUGCGAACAUACGCCACCGAAACAUUGCCAAUACUACUCCGUAAACAGCAUAAUACAGGUAGGACCCACUUGUGGUUUAGUGGCCUUAAGCAUGUUGCUCGGUGGCAGUCCCACGGCAGCUGAGCUCCUCAAGGAUGCAAUUGACCAGGAGUAUACCCUGAAUGGCGAACUAUUUAGUGCUCAGUAUAUGUUGGAACUGUCCCGUAAGCAUAUGCCAGGACCAGCUGCGUGCCAGUUGCAUGCAGGACCUUUGGACUGCAAAGAAGUCAAGGAACUUUUAAAGGCCGGAGGCUGUCUACUAGUACCCUACGAUGCCGAUGUAAACCAUGCGCCGUGCGUUGUAUACGGACACCGAGCUCAUUGGGCUUUGAUUGUGGGUUACCUGGAGGAUCCGUUUGAUCGGGUGAGUGGACAAAGGGUUCUUUUAGCCAAUAGUAAUGCAUAUACCUUGCCGCAGUUCUACGUCUUGGCUCGUCAUGGUAAAUCCCGUAAUCUGGCCGUUUGGCCACUGGACACGCUCAGCAAAAGCAACGAAAAUUUGAUAAAGUUUGCCCAGCCGAAGGGCUACCCAGAUGUUGAAUUUAUGCUGCCACCAGGUGGAAUCGGUGGGUCUCUGGGCCUCAACGAGCGGUGCAUUCUAGUCAACGGCAUGCCAAAUGAGGUGAUUCAUGUUCGGUGUUCUUAGAUAUACAUAUGUA